UGGGAUAGUCAGAAAAAACUCCUCUUAAGAGAUGUGAUUGCUUCAUGUCGCAUGGCCUUUUGAGUAAAACAGGCGAUUGCAGACAUCGCUGGAUUUCUGAAAGCUAAAACCACGAACCUAAUUCUGGGAUUCAUUCAUCAUCGGAAUGAUCACCAUACUUAUCUCCUCACUGAUAGGUGCAUUUGCGCUGCAGGUUUCUACACUUGAAGAUUCUUGGAAGGCCGUUGUGACCGUGUUACCUCCAGGGUCCACUAUCUACCUCGAGUUUCCUCUGUUCUCUCUGCGUCUGACUCCCAGCACCAGGAUGUUUUUCAGAGGGGAGCGCUUCACUGUGCAGUGCCCCCCUCCUCAGAUCAACUCCACAGGCUGGAGGCUGAAGCACUUCUCUCCGAGCCAAACAGAGGGAGCCACAGUCGCUGAACCUGUGCAGUGUCCACCACAUGAUGGUGCUGCUAGCGCAGGAAAAUCUGACAUGUGUUCCUUUGUAGCUGCCAGAGGGAACAGUGGACUGUACUGGUGUGAGAGCUCAGAGGGCCGCAGCAGUGCAGUCAACAUCGCAGUAAGCUAUGACGACAUGAUCUUAAAGACUCCAGCCUUCCCUGUAUUUGAGGGUGAUGAAGUAGUCUUGUGCUGUCAGUCCUUGAGAGCAAACAAUAAUAAGGUGAUAUUCUUUAAAAAUGGAACAGAAAUCACCACCUCCACCUCCUCCAGUUCAGCUGGAGUCACUGAGAUGACUAUUAUGAAUGUGACACAGCAAGAUGAAGGCUAUUACAAGUGUGCUUCCCUGGAUCGAAAGAUGCAGAGUGCAGAGAGCUGGUUGGCAGUGAGACCUAACCGAGGUAACUUCACAUCAACACAUGGGACAGAAGCCUCCACUAGCGGUUCCUGGAAAUGGAUCCUUCUAUCAUGUGGGGUUAUCCUUCUGUGUAUUACACCUUUAACCAUUUGGCUAAUUUAUCACCACAGGAACCACAUGUUUUGUACCAAGAGCUGCUGGCCUCUCUCCAAAGAGGAUGUACCAGCGGUAGCACUUCCUGCAACGAAGCAGGAUGUAACGGAGGUGCAGUGGGACCUGUCCUGGAUGGAGAUGUCCAAUCUGCUGGAUAAACACUUAUACCCUGGCACUUAGAAGACUAUAAAUAACAGAGUGCAUCAUUAUGGGCACUGUGCUUCUAACAGAAUGCAAGACCAUAUUUGUGCUCAUGAAAUGUUAAAUAAACACCCUGGACAAAAUAAGUCUGUGUAGUGUGAAUUACAUCCCAGUGUUUGAAAUUGAAACUUGUUGCUGUGAGGCAAAAGUGCUACCCUUCUUCAUUUUCUUCCUUCUCUUCAUUUAGCUCUUCACUCUCUUCAGUAGACUUAUUAUUACCCACUGGUUCUUCUUCAAAUUGAAAAUAAAGACUCAAAACUUU